AUGAUCGAGCGGAGAAGUCUACAUUGUCUCGAAAGCAUUGCAAGAAGCCAGUCGCUUGGGCAAUCUGUUGAGGAGCUUGAUAUUUGCACCAGCCAUCUGCUACCACUUGAUGAGGUGGAGGAGAUUGAGCCACCAUACAGCGAGUAUGAAGGCAUGAUGAAGCACCUAAAGAAGGAGAACAAUAUGGACGCUAUCUUCCACCUUGGCAUAGAAGACUAUGAAGAAUGGGUCAGAAGGUGGCCGAUCAAUAACGGGGAAGGGGGGUUUGGUGAUGAGGAUGAACAAAACGACUACAACAGCCAAGAUAACCGAGGGAUGAGUUCUGCCAUCGGCGUCGACGGCCAGGCGGCAAGUAGCCGACUUGAGCAGAUUAACACGCAAGAGUACAACAGAUAUCUACAUGAUCAAGAUGCGAUGCGUGCAGGCUACGAUGUGAAAUGCUUGGCAGGAGCUAUGACAUCCCUGAAACGUUGCAAAAAGAUCAAUAUUAGUACAAGCAUACAUGCCUGGGGAAUGAGGCGRCUAAGACAGCGGAUUGGUAUCCUGCCACAGAGGGGGCUUACAUUCAAGUCGAGAGCAAGCAUCCGACAGGUACAUCACAUCGUCCAGGUUGUUCUCAAGGCCAUGGCAGUCAGCGGAAUAUCAGUCCAGUGYCUGAAUAUCAGACCUGGUAUGAUGCUUGAGAAUGCCAAUCGGAUAAGCCCUUUCAUGCUCACGGGCCUGUCAUCGUCUUUCAUCCUAUCGACAUCUUUCCCUGCGAGUCUGCGCCAACUCCAGAUCUCACUUGAUCCRGAGUCUCCUCCAGACGACACGGUUUUGGGCCCAAAAUGGGGCCUUGGUCUCCUACAGUUUAUACACCUUCUGCUCGAGCUCUCUGAUCUCGAGCUUUGCUUUGAGUAUAGGGAUGAAGCAGGCCGAUUCUCCGAGAUUGCCAAGGACCUGUACAUCCCGAAACUAGAAAAACGCUCCGGAGGGUUGUUUUGGAGUCGAUUCAGCUUGAUGGGGGCCUAG